UUACAUUAAUUUUAAGAAGUAGCUGUUUCUUCAAGUAAUCUAAAGGCCACUACAAGAAGACGAAAAAAGUUCAUCCGAUUGGAGAAAAAAUUUAAUGUUUAGGUGUAUGUAAAGGUAUUUAAUAUGUUUAAUACACUCAAUAGUGUUUAAGAAUAUAAGUUUAUAUUACUAAUAGUUGUAAAAUGGAAGAUUCUCUGGUGAAAGAGACAGAAGAUAGUGAUGACGAUACCAUAGUAAAAGAGAUACCCAUUAUUCAUUCAAAACGAUUAGAAGACAGUCUAUAUUUAUUUCAAUAUCCACUAUACAAUAGUCAAAGUCUAAAUAAACAUCUUGUUAAAAAAUGCUCUUUCAAACCAGAAAAUCAAGAAGUAAAAUUGGAAAUGGCUAUUGAUAUGGAUUCACCAAAUUAUGAUACUGGCAGAGCACAAAUCAUUGCACAUGAAGUUGAUAAAGAUUUUGAUUCUUCUAAAAAGUUUUUUAAUACUGGGCUAGUAGACAGAGUAUUUUUGGAGUCAUCUAGGCCAACUGAAGACACGGACAGGUAUGCAGCCGCAGCAUUUAACGGCAAAGAGAUUCACUUGACUACACUUAAAGGUAUAUUCCAAUUCAGGCCUGUUUUUCCAUAUCUGGAAAAAAGUUUAAAAAGAAAAAGGGAUGCAGAUGGAAAUGAAUCUGAAGAAGAACAGCCUGGACCUAGUUCAGCUCAACAAGUUACUGUUAAAUUUAAAGGUGACGACCGCUGGAACAAAUUGGAUGAAACUAGUUAUAAAGCUUUACAGGCUCGGAGUGCUAAAGAACCUUGGACUGAAUGUGAAUGGCAUGAUGUGAAUAGUCCUCUUAGUAAUGUGGAGAGUUUGAAAUUAAUAGCAGAUAACACUGAAGAUGUUAGUCAAGCUUCAACUCUAACAGACUCAGAGUAUAUAAAGUUGUUAAUACCACAAGAUAAAGAACAAACUCCGGUUGAACCUAUAUUACCAUCACAUCUAUUCUCUUCAAAUGAUUUGAAGGCACUUCCUCUACAAGAGAGGUGUCGAGUUUUACUUAAAGAUACCCAAAUAAUAAGUUUCGACCAACUGUUGAUGGCUCUAACUGGAGGAGAAAAAGUAACUCGAGAUAGCUUAUUGAAAGUUCUUCCUACAGUUGCAGUUCUUGUAAGAGGAAAUUGGAUUGUUAAAUCUGAUGUUCUAUAUCCUGCAAAUACAUUUUCCGCUACGAGUGGAGUACCAGCUGAGUUGAUGUGUAGAGCUCGAGAUUAUGUUUUAUAUCAGUUCACCCAAAAUCAACAUGUUGAGCGAAAAAAAAUGUCUUCCGUACUAAAAAUACCAUCUGAAGAGAUCAAGGAAAUUUUCAUUGGAAUUGCGAGAUUACGUCGUCAUAGUAGAGAAUGGGAACUAAAACUUCCAAAUGAUGUUGAUUUUAUAAUCAAACAUGGGGAUUUUGCCCAAAAGCAAGAAUCAAUGUGGAAACAUAGAUUCCAACAAUUAAGCCAAUUUUUAAAAGACAAUAUGAGUCAAAGAAGAAAAAGUCGUAGCGAGAGUAAAAGUGUUAGUGAAGAAGGGAAGACUAGAAAUAGUGUUAGUGUUAGUUCAGACACCGAAUCUGAAAAGGGCAAAUCUGUGAAUAUUAAUAGGAAAAGUAAAAGUGUUAAAGUUAAUAAUCAACCAUCUACCUCAAAAUAAUUAUAAAUUAAAAAAAUCCCAUAAUACUACAUACUUAUAAAUAUAUUAACCCUUUCAGACCUGAUUUUUUGUUUUUUUUUUGUAUGAAAUGAAUUUUAUUCAUGUUAUGUUAGGUACUAUUGAGUAUGGAAAUAUCGAAAAAACUGAUAUACAUUGUUUUCCGAGAAAA